AGUAUCCCGCAGAGGUUGUGAUCUCACAACCCUACACAGGAAAAGACAGUUGACGUUGAUACGCCUUGCUGGUGAUUGGUGAAGGUAAGAUGGCGGCGCCAGAGGAGCCAGAAUUAUCUCAGGCGCAGACGGAAAAACUCCUCCAAUUUCAGGACCUUACUGGUUUGGAGUCAAUGGACCAGUGUCGUCGAACAUUAGAGCAGCACAACUGGAACAUAGAGGCUGCAGUACAAGACAGACUUAAUGAGCAAGAAGGAGUGCCCAGUGUGUUUAACCCUCCACCAUCCAGACCAUUACAGGUCAAUACAGCUGACCAUAGAGUAUAUAGUUACAUUGUCUCAAGGCCACAACCCAGGGGAUUACUAGGAUGGAGUUACUACUUGAUAAUGCUACCGUUCAGAUUUACAUAUUACACACUUCUGGACAUAUUCAGGUUUGCCCUGCGAUUCAUCAGGCCAGAUCCUCGUGGUCGUGUCACAGACCCUGUUGGAGAUGUUGUGUCUUUCAUUCAUAGUUUCGAGGAGAAGUAUGGUCGGUCACACCCAGUAUUUUACCAGGGCACAUACAGCCAGGCCCUGAAUGAUGCCAAACGGGAGCUCCGUUUCUUAUUAGUGUACCUUCAUGGGGAGGAUCAUCAAGACACAGAUGAGUUUUGCCGCUCCACAUUAUGUACAGAAGAGGUUCUAACCUUCCUCAACACACGAAUGCUCUUCUGGGCAUGCUCAACCAGCAAGCCUGAGGGCUACAGAGUAUCCCAGGCAUUGCGAGAGAACACCUACCCAUUCUUGGCCAUGAUAAUGCUCAAGGAUCGCAAAAUGACAGUGGUGGGUCGCCUCGAGGGUCUCAUCCAGCCAGAGGACCUCAUCAAUCAGCUCAACUUCAUCAUGGAUGCCAACCAAACACAUCUGAUGUCAGAGCGCCUUGAACGGGAGGAGAGGAACCAGACCCAAGUGCUAAGGCAGCAACAAGACGAGGCCUAUCUCGCCUCCCUCCGUGCAGACCAAGAGAAGGACCGAAAGAAGAGGGAGGAGCAGGAGCAGAUCAGGCAGGAGGAGGAGAAGGUCCGACAGAGUGUUCUUGCUGAGGAGCGGAGACGACAAACACUCGAAGAGGAAAAGGAGAGAAAAUCAGAAUGUCUUCCCCCAGAGCCGCCUGCAGAUGAUCCAGAAAGUGUCAAAAUAGUGUUUAAGCUGCCUAACGAUACACGAGUAGAGAGACGAUUCCUGUUUGGGCAGUCUUUGACGGUAAUAUACGACUUCCUCUUCUCUUUGAAAGAAUCUCCAGAGAAGUUUCAGAUAGUAACAAACUUCCCUCGCCGAGUCCUGCCCUGCCUUCCGACUGAAGAGCAGCCCAACCCUCCCACACUGAAAGAGGCGGGGCUCAGCCGCUCCGAGGUCCUUUUUGUACAGGACCUUACGGACGAUUAAAAGAUGACAUACCUCCUCUACAUGGAAACACGAUUUCCUCCAGUGCCCACCCACUCCUCUUUUUUCUUUUUCUCCUUCUGUUAAAUGGCCAUUAUGCACAAAGGAUCAUUUGAGAUAAAAAAUUAACCACCCUGCAUCCAGUCCUUGUUUGGUUGUGUUUACAGGGUUCCCAAUAACCUGGAAAGUCUUGAAUUUUAUCAAAUAAAUAUUUCUUGAAGUCCUCCCUUGAACUCAUCUUUGUUAUCUUUGUGGACAAAGAAGUGUAUUGUGUUCUGCAUCGUCUGUAGGAGCUGCCAGUUAGUUAUUGUCCUUCCUAAACAGCAAGCGUUGCCGCAAAGGAUUAAUCUUCUGAAAUGUAUCCGCACAAGCCAGAACCGUACCCAAAACAAGUUCAUGUCUCGUCAUCUGCGGACGGCAGGUUGUGUUAAUAUUAAUACAAACAGGAUGUGAAGCACAGAGAAGUCUUGAUUUCUUUGAUGGUCUGAAUGCUUUGGCAGUUCUUCUUUCCAAGACUUGACAUUCCAUCCAUGUGUCUUUAAUUCAACAUCCUCUUGCCACAAAAGUUAAAACAUGCCUCUCCCACAGUGACUGAGGAGCACGGAGCAGGUUAAAGUCCCAUUUGUUUCUGCUGUGAUCGAUACUGACUGGUCUGAAAAGUAAAUGUAAUCCUCAAGGGAGCAGGUUGGGUGAUGUAGACAUGCUAGGAAUUAUGGGAACCCUGUUUUAAGUGAGCCAUGACGUGUACAUAAGUUAGAUAUUUAAAAACUCUUAACCCACCUUACUUUCUUUUUGUUUGACUCAUCUGUGUCAUAUGAUGACCAAAGCAGGUUGGUUACUAUGUAAAGCAGACUGCCUCAUGAAGUUUAAAAAUACAAUAUUUAACAGGGGCCACAGCUUUUACAUGUGGCUUUAUAUAGUAUAGUACGAGUCUGCCCAUAGUGUGCCUGUGGUUACUCAUAGAUGCCUGUUUCGCCUGUAACAUCUCAAUGGGCUCAUGUAAAGAUGUAAUUUUCCAACUAUAAAUUAAAAACAUUUUAAAAACCUUG